AUCCAAACAACGCCUAAGGGACGGCAAAUCCUGCUGUUUCACACAAAAACAAAGAAAACCCCCGAGUUUCUGUCUUGGUUCGGUACAGCCCGGCUGUGGCACGCACGGACGGCAGAUCCGAUCACCAGCGAGGUUCAGAUUUGAGGGAGGGGAAGGAUGGGGGCUUGGAUGUCCCGGGUCUGGUUUCUCAUGUUCCCGGCCAAGGAGUACAAGAUCGUGGUCGUGGGGCUCGACAACGCCGGAAAGACCACCUCGCUCUACAAGCUCCACCUCGGCGAGGCGGUCACCGCCGCGCCCACCAUCGGCAGCAACGUCGAGGAGGUCGUGUUCAAGAAUAUACGCUUCGAGGUGUGGGAUCUAGGAGGACAAGAAAGCCUACGCACUUCAUGGGCGACAUACUAUAGUGGAACUCAUGCUGUCAUCGUGGUAAUCGACAGCACCGACCGUGCUCGGAUCAACAUCAUCAAGGAUGAGCUAUUCCGGUUGAUUCAACAUGCAGAUCUUGAAAACACGGUGGUCCUUGUGUUUGCGAACAAGCAGGAUCUCAAGGAUGCCAUGUCGGCGGCUGAGAUUACAGACGCCCUGUCCCUCCACAGCAUAAAGAACCACGACUGGCACAUACAGGCCUCGUGUGCGAUCACUGGUGAGGGCCUCUAUGAUGGGAUGGGAUGGAUAGCCCAGAAAGUUGCCGGAAAGGCCACGGCAAGCUGACCACAAAAACAUUGUGUGUUUCGGUGAAUUUGUUGGAAAAUGGAGGCAGGAUGGGUUUGUUGUUCCUGCCAUUUCGGUGUUUAUUUAUGCAUACUCCCUCCGUUCCUUUAUGUAUGUAAGGUGUACUACCUUCGUUUCA